AGAUGUACUGACGUCGAAAAUCUCUCGAGCUGCCGCCGACCCUUUGGCACCCGUUGCGCUCUACUUCCUUACACCCACACUGGGCGAUCCUUUCGGUCGCCCCUUCUGGAUCCUUUGUAUACUGACCCUCUCAUUCGGCAGCUUGGGCGUUUCGAUUGGCUGAAAUCCAGAGAUCAGGCAUCCCGAGGACAUGAGAUGAUUUGUUUCGAUCUAUCGGAAUGCGAAUUUGCGCGUUUACGUCUGCUUGAGGUUUGGAAUCCCGUCCGCAACACUUCUUUCGAACAUCGGUUGGAGGAGAGAUCACGACAUACUAUCGUUGCUGGUGGGAAACGCAUUGAACCAAAGCCAGGCGACAUCCUCGGCACUACUGGUACUUCCUCGUCUUAAAACGAUUCUCUUCUUUAGCUUGAAGCGUCAAGGCCUAUCCUCCGUUCCACCCCAGCCAGCGGUCAUCCACGUCUAGCGUGGUCGCCCGAUCGCGAUCUUGCUUCCGAUAUGAGCGAGAAACGGACCGGCGAUGAGAGAUCACGAUCGAAGUCCAGCAGGCGGACAGGGUCGAGAUCAGCCAAGAGGUCAAAACCCCGUCCUCCACGAGCUGAGAAGGACUCAUCAGCACCAGCAGCUGAGGACCUCGGCCGCGAUCGAGAUCCAGAAAAGAGACCUCCAGACCCGUUUGAAAACUAUCAAUACCCUAACGAUAGAGGAUUUCUCCGGAUUCUCCUAUUGCUCUUGGAGCUCCUAGGUGUCGUUUUAUUGUUUGUCCUUUGCUUUGCUCCGCCUAAUCUGGCGAGUGGGAGUGUAAGCGUGCUGAGGGAUACUGCCGGAGAAGAGUUUGUCGGCGUACUGAGGAAAUGUUCUGCUUCAACGUGUGAUCCUUGGCUUGGGGGCUCGACAGAUGCCUCCUCUGCAUCUUCCGACUCUCUAGACUUUCCAACAAUGUACCUGACCACUGGCCUGGCGACCCUCUCAGCCUUUUGGAUCCUCCUCUACCUCCUCAUCUUCACAUUCAUCCGCUUCGCCUUUUUCGGCGUACCUCCAUCAAUCGAGAGCUCAGGUAAGAGACAAGCUUGGAAACGAUUCGCAUAUCGCGCGACGCGAGUGUGGUUAGUCGUUCUGUGUAUCCUGAUCGGUGCGAUAUUACUCGACGUGAUCGUCAAGGGGAGUCAAUAUAGGAGUUUAGAGAAGCUCAGUGGGAUAGACGGUGUAGGACCAGGCAUAGCCAGUGAGUCUUUGCGAUAUCAAUUCCAAAAGGUUUCGGGGGGAAGUAUCUGCUAAAUCCUCUUUUUUUUUUUUCGCAAACAGUGGUUCUGUUCGCUUGGUUAUCAUGCGUCGUCUGUACGAUCAUUGAACUUGGUGGCGAGCGGACGCAUCGAUUCUUCAAUGCUGCUUCCUGUGGGAUGGACUGGGGAUGUUGUGGUGUGUUUGAAUCGAGAGCGAUGAACAAGGAUGAAGGAGGUAUAGAGAUGGAAGAGAGAGGUCGCUCGGCCGAGCGCAAGACGCGAUAAGCUGUGAAGUUGGUCGUUUAGACAUUCUUUGGGAUUCUAUAGGCGGUUUUCAUGGAUGUUCGUAUCGUUGCUGAUGAGAAGUUGAAGAAUCAAAUGAUGGCAGUCUCCGUCGUUAUAUAGCUCGGC